AUGGAGCAAAACUGUAGGGAAUCAUUAUUCUGCAGCUACUGUAAGAAGAAACGCUAUACUAAAGAGAAUUGCUGGAAGUUGCAUGGACAAUCAUCUUGGUCCAAGAUAAUGUAGCAAUAAAUUCAAACUCGAGUGAGAAUAAUCAACCAGUAAAUGUAAAAACUAGUGAUGAACUUGCAAGAAUUAUUAAGGAGCUGGAGAAAUUAAAGGUAACACUCAGCUCCACUCAUCUAGCCAGGACAGGUGCAAAUUCAUUUUCUUUUAGGUUAUAUACUCAUGAUCACUCUCACAAUGGGAUGUGGAUCCUUGACAUAGGAGCAACUGAUCAUAUGACUCCUGAUCAAUCAAAAUUUAUUACAUAUACAGCGUGUGCUCUCUCAGAGAAAGUUUUUACUGCAGGAUGUGGAUCCUUAAAUGUUGCUGAAAUAGGCAACCUCCAAAUACAUAAUUUGGGUAUUCUAAAGGGGGCCCCGCAUGUACCUGAGCUUAAAGCUCAAUUAAUAUCCCCAUUGAAAUUAGUUCGGAAUACUUGUUACAAAAUUAUGUUGUACUAUAAUAGAUGUUUUAUUUCUGAUAAGGUUUCGGACCAAAAGAUUGGACCUGUUAAGGAGAGAUGGAUUACUCUACCUUGAAGAAUAGAAAACACCAUUGUUGUCCACAUGAUUGAUGCUGAAGGAACUCUUACAAAAAAAUCCAGAAUCAUACUUUUACACAGUCGAUUGGGGCAUCCCUCAUUUGAAUUGUUACGUCAUAUGUUUCCUUUGUAUUCCAAAGUAUUUAAUUGUAGUACAAUUAUUUGUGAUGCAUGUCAACUUGCUUAGCAUAAGAGAUCCUCUUUUCACAUGUCAUCUUCUCGCAUUCAAGUUCCAUUUGAUUGCAUCUAUAGUGAUGUGUGAGGUCCAUGUCCAGUCUCAACUAUGAAUGGUGGACACUGGUUCCUUAUUUUGGUUGAUGACUGUACUCGCACUACAUGGAUAUACAUUUUGAAACAAAAUCAGAUGUUUCAACCGUGAUUCAAAAUUAUUUUCUUAUGGUCAAAAGUCAAUUUGGGAUUCUUAUCAGACACUUCUGUUCCGACAAUGCUAAUGAUUAUUUCAAUCAUACAUUGCCAACCUUUUUUAGUGCAAAUUGAGCCAUUCAUGAGUCUUCAUGUAUUAACACACCACAACAAAAUGGUGUGGCAGAAAGGAAGAUUGGACAUGUGCUGGCUGCUACUCAAGCAUUACUCUUUCAUCAAGAGGUGCCUAAAUACUUAUGAGGAGAAGCAGCAUUAACUACUGUUCAUCUAAUAAAUCCACUUUCAUCAGAGGUCUUAAAAGGUCAGAGUCUAAUUGAUGCUCUCUCCUCUAAAUAUCCAAAUGUGAGAUUAAAAAGUGGUUUAACUCCACGAGUGUUUGGAUGUACAGCAUAUAUACAUAUCUCACAUCCAACAAGCAAAUUGAUCCCAAGGUUGUAAAGUGUGCCUUUAUAGUUAUUCUAUGACCACAAAAGGGUCAAAACGUUAUGAUCUAAUAUCAAGAAAAUCAUUCGUUUCAGCUGAUGUUACCUUUGAUGAAGGACAUAGUUUUUUCAAGAAGUCUUCUUUGAGCAGCUCGGAAUCACCAGAUCAAGGGGAUACACCCUUUGAACCGAAUUUAGUUCUUCCAAUGGUACCAAGUGAGGGAGUUAGUUCUGAUGAGAGUGAAUCUCAUAUUGAUGCAUCAAAUCGUAAACAACCAGUCAAUAAGAAGAUACAAGUAUAUCGCAGGAGGAUUGAGAAUGAUUCAGAAAAAAAUAGAGAUAAUAAUUUUCCAAUCUCAGACCUUCUUGCAUCUAUUGAUAUCCCUAUUUUAGAAUCAGUAAAUCCUCAUCAUGGGGUGGACCCACAUAAUUCUAUGGGAGAUGCUCAAGAUGGCCCUAUUGCAUUACGAAAAGAAGUGAGGAGGUGUAGGAUACCUCCAAAGUAUCCGAUGGCAAAUUAUCUCAACUAUGCUCAUUUCUCACCAUCGUAUAGAACUUUUUUAACUAAUGUUGAUUCUGAUUGUAUUCCUCACAUAGUAGAAGAAGCUAUGGCUGAUAAGAGAUGGAGAGAAGCUAUGCUACUUGAGAUGGAAGCAUUAUACAAGAAUGAAACAUGGGAGUUUGUUAAUCUUCCUCCAUGAAAGGAAAGUGUGGGCUAUAAGUGGGUGUACACUGUGAAACAUAGAGCAGAUGGAUCAAUUUAAUGUUAUAAAGCAAGAUUAGUUGCUAAAGGUUUCACCCAAUCAUAUGAAGUCGAUUAUUCAGAAACAUUUGCUCCAGUCGCAAAGCUAAAUACAGUUAGAAUUUUGAUCUCAUUUGUCGCUCACUUUCAUUGGCCUUCACAUCAAUAUGAUGUAUAGAAUGCGUUGUUACAUGGUGACUUAGAAGAAGAGAUUUAUAUUGAGCCUCCACUCGGAUUUAGAGAGUCAUACACACCACAAACAGUAUGUCGGCUAAAAAAGAUGUUAUAUGGACUUAAACAGUCCCCUAGAGCGUGGUAUGAUAAAUUCACACAAGUUAUGAAAGAAAUAGACUAUCUACAAAGCAAUAGAGACCAUACAAUGUUUAUCAAGCACUCAAAGACAGGGGGCGUUUGUAUAUGUGGAUGAUAUUAUAAUUAUAGGCAACGAUUCAGAAGAAAUCAAAGCACCUAGCACAAAUUUAUCUCAAAGAUUUGACGUCAAAACUUUGGGUAAAUUAAAGUAUUUCUUCAGCGAUUCACAUCAAGGGAUUUUUAUAUCACAGCAAAAGUAUAUUCUAAAUUUACUUCAAGAGACAGGCAAGGUGAAUUGUAAGCCAGUCAACACUCCACUAGAAGCUAAUUUGAAGCUUGGACCAGGCGAAGAUAGUCCUUCAGUGGACAGAGGACAAUAUCAAUGUUUAAUUGGAAAGUUGAUAUAUUUAAAUCACACUAGACCAGAUAUUGUCUUUGCUGUGGGACUAUUGAGUCAAUUUAUGCAUGAUCCUAAAGACAUUCAUCUUCAAACAAGAUAUAGAGUACUGGCUUAUCAAGGGUACGGUUGGCUUGGGUCUUUUAUACAAAUUUGGAGGUGACAAACUAGUUAAAGUUUAUACAGAUGUUAACUAUGAGGGCUCUAUCACAGAUCAAAGAUCUACCAUAGGCUACUGCUCCUUUAUUGGAGGGAAUUUAGUUACAUGGAGAGCUAAAAAAAUAAAAAGUUGUUGCAAGGUCUAGUGUUGAAGCAGCAUUUAGAGCGACGGCUCAAGGUAUUUGUGAAGCUCUGUGGAUUAUAAGUUUAUUGGAAGAGUUAAAAGUCAAUUUUUCGAGAACAAUUGGACUGUAUUGUGAGAACAAAUCAGUCAUUGACAUUGCACAUAAUUCUGUGCAACAUGAUCGGACAAAACACAUUGAGGUUGAUCGACAUUUUAUUAAAGAAAAAAUUAAGGAGAAAAUUAUCUCUACAUCUCAUGUGAGAUCAACAGAACAAGUAAUAGAUAUCCUCGCAAAAGGAUUAGCAGGGACAUCAUUGCAGAGAAUUACAUGCAAGUUGGACAUGGAUGAAGCCCAUGAACCAACUUGA